AUGUUGGACCGGGAUUGGACUCCGAACGGCGUGGCACUGGACCGCUUGUUGGGCAAAGGUGAGUCCAAUCAGGCAGACAAGAUUUGCCUCCUCGCAAAGGCAUGUCAGCGCCAACUCUCCUCCUACCCCUCGCUGGUGCGUGUACGGGCUCCCGCCAAGGUCUUUGGCGACAUCCAUGGGCAGUUCCGGGAUUUGCUGCUUCUCUUCGGACUUUUUGGCAAGCCCUUCCAUUGUGGAGGUGAUAUUCAGACGACCUCCUAUGUCUUCAAUGGCGACUUUGUGGAUCGCGGGGAGCAUCAGCCUCUUCGAAGAAACAAAUUGAGCCUGGCAGGAUGGGAAGUGGUGGAAGCGGUAACGACCCAGUCAGUCAGGGCCACUAACAUUUCUUGCGUGCCUCACAACAUUGAUGCCUUCUACUUUUUGGAUGAGAGUGGGAUUCAGCAAAAUGCAGCUGCGUUGAAGAUAUGGGAAAAACGCGGCUGGAAAGUGAUGAGUUAUGACAUGAUUCCAGGAACUGAAGGUGUGGAUUCGGCCCGGCUGACCGGCAAGGAAUUGAAGUUUGCCCCGCCAAAGUGGCUAGCAAGGAAUUGGUUGCGGAAAUUCCUGCUUCUCAAUGUGCUGAUCCCCUGCUAUUGGUUCGCAGGCUUGAGCAAGCUCAGGUAUUGUGGCCUCCUGCACAACCUCUCCGGCGCGUGGAUCUAUGGUCCGCUCCAUGGCGAAAGGGAUCAUUCGCUGGUCACUGGGCUCACCGCCUGGGUGCUGGGCCAGCCAGGCAUUUGGGGCUUAAAGGUUCCCUGGACCUGUAUGCUCCUGUCUUGGGGAAACUUCCUCGUGGAAAUUGUGCUCCCUGUCGCUGCGAUGCUGAGUAUGACAGAGGGCCCAGUGCAGAGGAAAAUGCGCUUCACCUUCCUCAUUGGAGCUGCGUCUUUCCAUGUGGGCAUCUUCAUUCUCAUGAGCCCCAAUUUUACUCGUCAGAUGCUGCUGCUGAUUUUUGCCACCAACCCAGGUAGCCUCUUUGAUGCAGAGGAUGAGGCCGCUAAAAAGGCCCCGGAGCAAUCGUUGGCUUCCACGGGGGGGUCCCAAAGGCUUCAACAACCUGCUGCUCUUGUAGGAGAGUACCUCCGCGCAAUCUACGCGAUGAUGAUUUGGACUGGCUGGAAUCUUGCGCAGUUCUUUUCUGACUAUGAUCACCUGGCUGGAAACAUACUUCCCAACACGCAUCACGACAUGUACUUCCCCUUCUCCGAGUUCCCAAUGUUUGCCUACACGAAGGAUACCACCUAUGCCAUGUGGAGUUGCGCAUUUCUUCUGCUCGCCUGGGGGGCGCUGCUCAUCAAAAUGAUCUACGAUGUGAAUGAGGCGAUGCUUGAAGUGGUGACGCUGCUCUUUGCUUUGCAUGUGGUAUAUCCCAUGCAGGUGUACUUGGUGCGCGGCAACCACGAGUUCCGCGACAUGAGCGAAAACAUGGGCGACCUGGGAUUCCUGUCACCUGGCCGCAGCGUCACAGGUUUUGACGUCACAUGUUUUGGUCAAGAGAAAGGCCGAAGGAUAAGGGGGAUAUGUAUGGUGUGUCACAGACAGGGAGCUUUUCCCUGA